AGAUUAGAAAGACCUUUGUACUUGCUGACCAGACCUGAACCCACAGCGACCCAAUUGGUUUGUGAUUCCAGAGCCAUUCUAUGAAGCUCUUUCUACGCUUUCUGUGGUUACACCGAUCGUGUUCAUGUGUGUAACAGUGUAAUUAACGGUAAACAUGUCAAAAGCCACCAAGAGAAAGCACGUGGUGAAAGAGGUUCUGGGUGAUUAUGUGCAGCCUACUGAGAAUCAGCAAAUAGUGAGGGUUUUGGGAAGCCCUGGUAAUAAUCUCCAUGAGGUCGAGACAGCUGAAGGUGAAAAAUUUCUUGCAAGUAUGCCAACAAAAUUCAGGAAGAACAUUUGGAUCAAACGAGGUGAUUUCCUAAUUGUUGACCCUAUAGCUGAAGGAGAGAAAGUGAAAGCAGAAAUAGCUUUCAUCCUCUAUAAGGAUCAUCAACGCCUUCUACAGAAGGAGGGACUCUGGCCAUCUGGUUUCAGCGAAGCGAACAAAGAACUUUUAAACAAGACUAAAGAGAGUAACCAGGGGGCAGAGGCACGGGUACCUGCUGAGGAAAAGACCCACACCAACGAGAGUGAAACAGAUUCGGAGGAUGACAGUGACCUCUUCGUUAACACAAAUCGAGUGCAAUAUGAAGAAAGCGAAGAGGACGAGAGUGACGAGGAUUCAGAAAGCGACGAAGAGGGAGGGGAAAACUGAAUAAAAGCCAUGAGCAUCAAGACAAAGUCGCAAAGACUGAACUUGUCUUAAGCCUCAAAGAACAUUCCAAUAGAUGGACCAUCGCUGGAGGACAGUCCAACAUACAAAGUUCAGGAUCACAGAGGUUUUAUCUGGACUCUAUCGCUCCUAUGUUGGAAAUCUCACUUAAGUCUGAAGAAUCUCCUUUUGGAUGUUUUAUUUCUACUCAGAGAAUCUCGUCAGUUAUUAGACAGAGCCAUGUUGUAUGAAAGGGAGACUAUAUCUAAAAUAACAUUUGUCCUCAUAGAACAGUAUAAUAAAUUAUUGCUGGUACUUUUAUUAAUAUAGAGAAGUCAGUUUGACUUUUAUAUUCCGCUAUUAGCAUAGUAGGUGAAUAGCUUUUUUUUUUUCUCCUGCAGAAACAUGUUCAAUGGAAUACUUAAGAUUAUCAUAUUUUGCAUCUCACCUUUUGAUUAAAGUAUAAAUUACA